AUGCUGAUCAGUCAUUCAAAGCACUCUGGUAUCAGAAUCGUCUGGAUUAUUAUUGUUUUAGUACUUUGGAUAAUUUGUGCAAUUCAAACAUCAUUCACUAUAUUCAAAUAUUAUCAAUGGCCAACGGUAACAUCAAUUCGUAUUCGUCAUUUUACAUCUGUUCAGUUUCCAGCAGUAACAAUUUGUAAUUUGAAUCCAAUACGAGCAGGUUGGAUUCGUAAGCAAUCUAUUGGUACUGAUGAAAUUACAAAAGCCUUAGCUCUACUUAAACAAAAACAGAAUAUGACAAGAGAGCAGUGGAAACAGACGUUAGAUGAGGCUAAAUCAGCGUCACAUAUUACGAUAAAAGAUGAAAGUCUUUAUCGUUCAAUUAGAACUAUAUUUAACAACAAAAUAAAUUUGACUGAAGCAGGCCACGAUAUUAAAGAAAUGCUUCUGGAGUGCAACUUUCAGUCAACCAGAUGUACUGCAGAAAAUUUUACAAGAUGGGAACACGGUUCGUAUGGAAACUGCUAUACAAUGGUGAUCGCUCGUGAACACUACAGCUUUAUUGGACCAUUUCACGGCUUAAGCUUAACGCUCCAUACUCAGGACGACGAAUAUCUUGCCAAAUCUACAGAAGGAGCUGGAUUUCAGGUGGAAGUUCAUGCACCGGAAUACAUACCUUUUCCGGAGGAUAAGGGAUUUACUGUAUCACCAGGAGUCAAAACCUCAGUUGGGGUGAAACUACAACAGAUCUCAAGAUUAUCUUGGCCAUAUGAUGGUACUGAAUGUGGAGAUUAUUAUGACGAAAAAUUCAAAUACGAAUUAAGGUUUAGACUGCAAGAUUGCGACUGUGUGGAUGCAAGUGCGAUAACAAGAGCUGACAUCGAAACACAUUACACUAUAAAUAAUACUAUUAAAGCUUGUGAUGUCCUGAGCAACAGCAGCGAUUCAUCAGUCUGCUUUCGGAAGUCAAUGGCAAAAACUGCUAGAAGCGGAAUAUGUGAUAGGCUAUGUCCACAACCCUGUCACGAACAGGAGUAUGUUACGGAAAAGGCAUUUGCACUAUGGCCACGUGAAAGCUUCUACAAGACGUCACAUGAAACUUGGGAAAAUUCAUCUUAUAGCGAAAUUACGAAUUUAUCAUUCGAAAAGGCUAAAACAAACCUUUUAAAAUUGGAGGUCUACUUUAAAGAGCUAAACUAUGAAUCAAUAACAGAAUCACCAGCAAUGGAUGUUUGGGGCUUAUUAGCAGAUAUUGGUGGUACUCUUGGUCUUUAUGUCGGUGUUUCCUGUCUUACUUUUGGCGAGGUUCUCGAACUGUUUCUUGAAUGUAUUGCUGUACCAGCAAAAAAGCAUUUGUUAAGGCGCCCUGUUUCGAAGCAAAAUGUUUAA